UAAUUCAAAAGGUCGCACGUGAAGAAGUUCCAGACAGUCGACAUCACUUGAUUUCUCGCACCUGCUGGGAAUAAGGGCUCCACUGAAAAGGAACAAUGAACGGAACAGGAGAUGCUAAUGGUGACUGUGAUUACUCGCUCGGACCAGUAAUCAUUGAAGGGAAAACAAAGAUUGUUUAUAAACUUAAAUCCCUGCCUGGCCAUGUGAUGCUGAAAUCCAAGGACCGAAUCACUGCAGGUGAUGGCGCAAGGGCACAUGACAUGGAGGGCAAAGCAGCCAUCUCUACAGCAACCACAUGUGCUUUGUUCAAAUUACUCAAUGAUGCUGGAAUCAAGACUCACUUUAAGAGGCGGCACUCUGAUACAGAGUUUGUAGCAUUAGAAUGCGAGAUGGUUCCGCUUGAGUGGGUGACAAGGAGAGUUGCCACCGGCUCUUUCCUUAAAAGACACGUGGGAGUGAAGGAGGGCUUCCGAUUCUGUCCACCCAAACAGGAAACAUUCUUCAAGGAUGAUGCAAACCAUGAUCCUCUGUGGUCGUACGAACAGUGUGUUGCGGCCGAGUUGCGUGUUGGAGGUAUUCUGAUCGGUCCGGACGAGCUGGAUAUCAUGAGAAAAAUAACUGUGACAGUGUUUGAGAUACUGGAGAGGUGCUGGUCAUCGCUGGACUGCAGCCUCAUAGACAUGAAGAUAGAGUUUGGGGUUGUUAAAAAUACAGGUGAGAUAGUGCUGGCGGACACCAUAGACAGUGACUCGUGGCGCCUGUGGCCAGCGGGAGACCGCCGUCUGAUGAAGGAUAAACAGGUGUACAGAGAACUGAAGGAGGUCACUAAGGAAGCCCUGGAUACUGUCAAACGCAACUUUGAAUGGGUGGCAGAGAGAGUCGAGCUACUGUCUCCCAAGCCAAUUGCCAGAGCUGUUGUGUUGAUGGGGUCUGCAUCUGACUCCGCCCAUGCAGAGAAGAUUCAGACAUGCUGCAAGUCACUGGGUGUGCCAUGUGAACUGAGAGUCACAUCCGCUCACAAGGGCACAGAAGAAACACUCAGGAUACUAGCCGAGUAUGAAGGUGAAGGUAUUCCCACUGUGUUCAUUGCUGUUGCUGGACGGAGUAAUGGUUUGGGACCGGUGUUGUCUGGUAGUUCUUCAUGGCCAGUCAUCAACUGCCCCCCAUUGUCCGGGGAGUGGGCAGCCCACGACAUAUGGUCUUCCAUGAGACUGCCUUCAGGCCUGGGCUGUGCUACCGUGAUGUACCCAGAGGCUGCCGGUCUUGCCGCUGCUCAGAUCCUGUCUCUGACAGACCACGUCAUUUGGAGCAAGAUUCGUGCAAAACAGCUCAACACCUGGGUCGGACUCAAACAGGCUGAUCGCAAGAUGAGGAAUGACAAGUGAUGACAAGUAUCCAUAGACUGUGCCCAAAGGAUUGUUUUAAGAUCAAUUUGACAUGGAGUUUGUUAGAGAGAUCCACUUUUUGUAUCACAUUUGUGAUGUGCUGACAUGGAUAUUGUUACUUUAGAUAAUCAAUGCUUACAAAUUUUGUUAUUAUGGUUGUUUAUUUUUUCUAUGAUUUUUUUUUUAAUUGAAGCAAAUCCAUUCUGUGAUUUAGGCUUAUUUGCCAAUUUCAUUGUCACCAAUAUUUCACAAUCAUUGUUAGUAUUCUGUUUAACAGAUUUUCUUACAUUGAAGGAGUCGUUUAAUUUUAAAUGAAAAUCUUUGUGUAAGGAAAAUAAGGAAAUAAAACAGGUAUCUGGAA